UUUUUCCUUCUUUUUCGUCAAACUUUUACCUCGAGUUGACGCGUGUCGCUAACGCUCCGGCAAAAGUAAAUUAAUUUUAAAAUUAUGUCUGAGACAUUACAAUUACGUGGUACCCUUUUGGGACACAAUGGCUGGGUUACCCAAAUUGCUACCAAUCCAAAGGAUCCCGACACCAUCAUUUCAGCUUCUCGCGACAAGACCUUGAUUGUGUGGAAAUUGACCCGCGAUGAAGACAACAACUACGGUUAUCCCCAAAAGCGUCUUUAUGGACACUCUCACUUCAUCAGUGACGUUGUCUUGUCAUCUGACGGAAACUACGCACUUUCCGGCUCAUGGGACAAGACUCUUCGUCUCUGGGAUUUGGCAGCUGGCAAGACCACUCGCCGUUUUGAAGACCACACCAAGGAUGUUCUUUCGGUUGCAUUCUCUGCUGACAACCGUCAAAUUGUCUCCGGAUCCCGGGACAAGACCAUCAAGCUGUGGAACACUUUGGCCGAAUGCAAAUACACCAUCCAAGAAGACGGUCACACCGAUUGGGUAUCUUGUGUGCGUUUCUCACCAAACCACUCCAACCCAAUCAUUGUCUCGUGCGGUUGGGAUCGUACCGUCAAGGUCUGGAAUUUGGCCAAUUGCAAAUUGAAGAACAACCAUCACGGACACAGUGGCUACUUGAACACUGUUACCGUCUCACCUGAUGGUUCUUUGUGCACUUCAGGAGGUAAGGACGCCAAGGCUUUGUUGUGGGAUCUUAAUGACGGCAAGAACUUGUACACAUUGGAACACAAUGACAUCAUCAAUGCCUUGUGUUUCUCACCCAACCGUUAUUGGUUGUGUGUUGCCUAUGGUCCAUCUAUUAAGAUCUGGGAUUUGGCAUGCAAGAAGACUGUUGAGGAAUUGCGUCCAGAAGUUGUUUCGCCAUCAGCCAAGGCCGAUCCACCACAAUGUUUGUCGUUGGCAUGGUCCACCGAUGGACAGACUUUGUUUGCCGGUUACUCAGACAACACCAUCCGUGUCUGGCAAGUGUCGGUUUCAGCUCACUAAGAAGAAGUGGACGUGGA